GAGGAAGACAGGAAUGAGAGGAUAUCAGUGGGCUGCCAUAACUCGAUCAAAAUGGUUGCUAUAAAGACGAAUUGCAUUGUGUUAUCUGUUUUUGUAUUCAUAGCAGUAGCACUGAUGUUAUGCAAUGCGUCUCCAUUUCAAUAUGGCGGAACGGGAAAUGGUACCGGACAAGUAGGAGGAAGUGGAACUUUCCAGUUUGGAGCAGGAGUUGGAGGGGGGCUUAGCGGUGGAGCUGGUGCUAGCGGUGGAGCAUCUGGAUCAGGGGGCGGAUCUGGAAGCGCGUCUUUAGUGAAACGGGACCUGAAUAAUCAUCAUGCGUUUCAUCAGACUCACACUGCUGCUUGUGGAGGGGGUCCACCACCACCACCACCAUCGAACAGCACCGGACGUUAAAUUCGCUAUGACAAAUUGACCAGAUAAAAAUAACUUUAUACAAAGGGUAUUUUAAUAUCAUUAUGGUAAAAUAUAAGUAAUGGUUUAG